AUGAAGGUAGCUGUCAUCGGCGGUGGUCCAGCUGGACUAGCUACCCUUCGAUUUCUCGCUCAUGCCCAUGAGUACUUCCCCAUUCCCCCUAUCGAGGUCCGACUCUUUGAAGCCGAGUCCCAGAUCGGCGGCACUUUCUCCUAUCGUGUCUACGAAGACGCUGAGCUCGUCUCUUCAAAGUAUCUCACUGCUUUCUCCGACUUUCGUCUCCCAGACGAUGCUCCUGACUUCGUUACCCCUGAAGUCUACGUUCAGUAUCUCAAGGACUACGUCACCAACUUCGAACUCUGGCCUAUGAUCGAGUGUAACACGAAGGUUGAGAAAGUUCGUCGUGGACCUAACGAUAUUGGCCAUGUCAUCUCUCUGCGCAACAAGCGAGGUUCCUCUGAUUGGGAGUGCGAUGCCGUCGCUGUCUGCAGUGGAAUCAACGUCAACCCAGUCAUGCCCAACAUCGAGGGUAUCGAACGGGUUCCCAAGGUCCUUCACUCAUCCCGUCUCAAGUCUCGAGAUCAGUUUGGUGAAAACACCAAUGUCUACAUCAUGGGUGCUGGCGAGACCGGCAUGGAUCUUGCGUACCUCGCUGUCACUUCUGGCGCAAAGACUGUGACACUCUGUCAUCGCGAUGGCUUCUUUUGUGCACCCAAGAUCAUCCCUAUCCCUCAGGCCUUGGGACGUUCCACACCCACUGCCAAUAAGCCUGUCGACACCUCUGUCGCCAGCCUGUUCGACACAGCCUACACGCAUCCAAAGCUUCAGAAGAGCCAGCUUCUUUGGACUUACUACGACAGCUGGAUUAAAAAUAUGCAUAAGUUCAUCUCAGGUACCGAAGAGGGUCCUGAUCAGUGGGUUGGCCAGAUGAGCCCUGACCGCAAGUACAUGGAUUCGAUCCUCCUCUGCAAGUCCGACAAGGCUCUACCUUAUAUGAGCGUCGGCAAACGAUCCCAGUCCUUGGGCAACCGUAUCCGAUCUUUCUUCAUGAAUGUCAAGAUUGAAGACACUAAGGGCAAAAAGAUUGAUGUGAUGACUUGGCCUACCAGCAUUGACCGAGAUGGCAACAUGCAGUUCGACAACAAGCUGCCGAGUGACUCGACCCUCCCGAAGGACCAGCUGAAGCCCGAUGUCUUGGUCUUUGCAACUGGCUACACUCGAGAUUUCCCUUUCUUGGACAACAACUACCCAACUGUCGCCCAGACCAACAUUCGAGAGAUCUACAAAGAAGGAGAUGUGACUCUUGGCUACAUUGGAUUCGUCCGUCCUUCCAUUGGAGCCAUCCCACCCCUUGCCGAGCUUCAGGCUCAGCUUUGGGUUCUUCACCUGCUCCAGCACAAGUACCCUAAGGAGGUACCUGCUGUCCGAGACUCAAAUGCUCUUGAGUCUUAUGACCUCGACUAUCGUCUUCAUCCCCGAGGCAACUACAGUUUCUAUGAAACCAAGCGAGCUGUUGACCAUGAGAGCUAUGCUUACCAGCUCGCUCUCGACAUUGGUUCCGCGCCCAAGGCCCGUUCGGUCAUGAAGAAGGGUUGGAAGGUCUUCUACACCUGGGCCAUGGGAUCCAACUUCAACACUAAGUUCCGAAUGGUUGGUCCCUGGAAAUGGGAGCAGGGCGCUGAGAACAUCAUGCGAAACGAGUUGUACAACAUUGUCAAGCGCUCCGGCGGCUUUGUCUAUCUUGCGACCUACACUCUUGUGCCUCUGUUUCUUUUUGGAAGCAUGAGCAUGGUCCUCUAUGCCUGGUACGGUAUCUGCAACUAUUUCGCCUCUCUUCUUGGCGGACACUCUGGAUCUGCCACGAACGAACGGAACGCCCAUGACGACCGACUUGCGUGA